AUGCCAAUCCCACACAAACAAGCCGUAACUAGCACCUCUGAAAUCCAAGCUCCCGAAAGGUCUCUCCUCGGUCUUCCUGAUGAAAUCCUUCUUUGCAUAGCAUACAGCCUGGAUCAAGCCAGAGAUUUGCUUGCACUGGCUUGCCUAAAUCAAGCAAUGAACAAAAUUUUCCUCGACUGUCUGUACAGGUUCAACGUCCGACACCAACGCAGCUCCGCAUUGUCCUGGGGAGUUCGUCAAAGCAAACCGGAGUUUGUCAAAAUGAUGUUGGGUUACUACCGAGCGAACGCCAACACCACCGAUAGUAAAUCUCGCACACCCAUCUUUUACGCCAUUCGAACCAAGAACGAGCAAAUCAUUCGCAUACUUCUUGAAAACGAGAAAGCGGAUAUCAAUUGGCCAGAUUGGCGCAGACAAACUCCAUUGGUAUACGCCAUUGAAAGGAAUCUUCUGUCAACUGCAUCACUUCUACUCGAAUUUAAUCCAUGUCUGAAUAAAGUGGAUAUCAAAAACGGUCGGCUAUCUGAUUACAAAGAUGUCUCGCCCUUCUGCCUGGCAGUGACGAAGACACCCCCGAAAAUCGCCCGGCUGAUACUCCUCAAUUCAGAUCCCGAUUCAAAAAAGAUCUUACUAGAGGAUGUCGCUCUCAGAAACCGUCUGCUGUGUCGGGCUGUACAAGCAAGCCUCCGAGAUGUCAUCGCGCUACUGGUUGCCCAUGGCGCAGAUCCAAACUCUAGAAAUAGAGAUGGCCAGAGCUUGUUGCAUCAAGCCACGAAAAAUGGUGACAGGGAGGUGGUCCAACAACUGCUCACGUAUGAAGACAUAUCUAUCAAUGCAACGGACAGACGUUCCUGCACUGCACUUCACAUCGCAGCAGAGUAUGGAUGCACGUCGGUAGCCAAGUGCCUGCUGGCCAAAUGCGGUAUAGAAUCCAACGCAAGAGACACCUACGGUCGCACUGCCUUUCACAUCGCAGCAGAGUAUGGCAACAAGUUGAUCACAAGGCUUCUCUUAGCCUAUGGUGCUGUGGAUAUCAAUGCCCGAGAUGCUAAUGGGGCAACAGCACUCUGCUUGGCUGUAAAGGAAAAGCACACAGCUGCAGCCCUGCAAAUUCUCGCAGAAGACCAUGUAGACCUCAAUGUGGCUGGUCAAAAUGGCUGGACAGCUCUUCACCAUGCGGUCUCAGUGGGAAGCAUACCGCUAGCUUGUGUGCUUCUCGACAACGAUCAGCUAGAUCCGAACCUUCGUGAUGAUGAAGGAUGGCCUCCUCUCACCCAUGCUGCUUCCAAUGGCGAUUUACGCAUGGUGGAGCUCUUUCUCGCGAGGGCAGACAUACAAGUGAACGUGCAUCAGGCCCCACCCCUCUUCCAUGCCGCCAAAAAGGGUCAUGUGGAAGUUGUACGCCGAUUGCUUUCCGUUGGUACGAUCAACAUCAAUCAGCAAUUUGGGAACAGCUCGCCUCUGUGCGUUGCCUCCGAGAUGGGCUACCCGGAAGUUACAAGCUACUCCUUGGGCACACAACACCCCCCGACACUAAUCUCAAAACUUACUUGGGCGACACUGCACUUUCUUUGGCCGCUUACCAUGGUCAUUUGGAGAUUAUAA